UUUUUUCUACCCCUGCAUCACUUCCUGGUUUGUCUCGGGUCUGUUUACAUCAGGUGGGAAUCUACAUUCAGGCAAACGCUGCGGGCGCGUGCGUUUCUGUCGCUCACUCACGAGCCCCCUGUAAUCUCGACUGUUCUGUUUUCUACACACGCACGCGGGGGAGGGUUAUUAAAAACAUGUCUCCGGCCGCUGGCAUCCACGCGCAGCUCGCCUCCAUCAUGGAGGUGCUGGCCAACACGGCGGUGGCGGAGAUCUGCGAGCUCGUGGACAGCGGCUACUCGGUGCUGCAGCUCGAGAUCUCGCGGAGCCGCAAAGAGAACGAGUUCCUGCGGAGAAAGCUGCGGCUCAUGGAGCUCCGGGCCGCGCGUUCGAGCGCCCUGCGCGCCGCCGCCGCAGCCAACUGCUCCGCGCUGCUGCUAGCUAACGGCCGCGCUCGAGCUCCGCUGCCUGCUCAUCACCUGGGAAACGAGCCAAGGCGGAGAGGGACGCCCGGAGGAGGAGACCCUGAACCUCCAUCCUCAGACCCUGGACUAGAUCUCACCCAGGGGCCGCGUGCCGUGGCUGCAGGGGAGUCGGCCACGCUGACCGUCUCCGUGAUCAAAGUGGAGGACGAGCCCGAGUCCUGGUCCCAGUCCCAGCAGGACAAAGACUUUUGUUGCGUUGUUGACGGACAGACUGCCGAGACAGAAGCCCCGCCCCCGCAGACUAAACAGGAAGUAGCACAGGAAGUAGCUGAGGAAGACAGAGGUGCUCCGUCUCAGCCGUGGGUGAGCGUGGGGGAUGUCCAGGAAACCCUGAGCUCCAGCCGAGGGUCAGAAACAAGCGCUUACGACUGUCUGAUGUACGAGCCGCAGCUCCAGCACGGCUCCCUCGCUACCCAGAAUCCUUUGCGGGAGGAUCCCGGCUGCUCGUACGCGCUAAACACUGGCGCGAGCAUUUCCGCUGUGACCGAUUUAGGCGCCGGCAGCUUCCCUUUCCCCGUCAGUGAGCAGGCUGCAGGUCUCCAUAACAGCCAGCAGAGGGCGCCACCUCCACCGCCGCCUGCAGACGAGCCUCAGCAGCAGCUUCCCGCGAGGAAAGACGCAGCCGCGAGACUCUCCGCUUUCACCAGAAGGGACAAAUGGCGAGCUCGGGACGGCCCCGGCCACAGCGGGGGGGACGACGCCGGCGGCAGCAGCGGGAAGUCGUUCGUCUGCAACUUCUGCGGGAAAAGUCUGGCGUGCCUGAAGAACCUGAAGACCCACAUGAGGGUCCACACGGGCGAGAAGCCGUUCGUCUGCGCGCUGUGCGGCAAGCGCUUCUCCGACUCCAGCAACCUGAAGCGCCACCAGAGUGUGCACACGGGGGAGAAGCGCUACGGCUGCGUGCACUGCGGCAAACGCUUCGCCCAGUCGGGCUCGCUGAAGGUGCACAUGAGCGUGCACACGGACUGCAAACAGUUCAGGUGUUCCUUCUGCGGGAAAACCUUCAUCUCGGGCAGCCACCUGCGGCGCCACGUCACCGCGCAUGCCGGCGAGAAACGGUUCGCUCCGACGAUCCAGUUACCGACAGAUCUCACAGGAGCCAAAUACAGCGCUCAGCAUUAAGUUUACUACUUUAGAAUGGGUGUAUGCUAAAGUUGACUAAAAGGAGGAAUAAAAAAAAAAAAAGAAAAUUGAUCUUAAAGUGCCCAUAUUA